GGCAACUGGAGGAGAAUGACUGGUAAAAUCCAAACCAGCAACGUGACCAACAAGAAUGACCCGCGCUCCCUAAACUCCAGAGUCUUUAUCGGCAACCUCAACACAGCCAUUGUCAAGAAGACAGACAUAGAGGUCAUCUUCGCCAAGUACGGCAAGAUAGUGGGUUGCUCCGUGCACAAAGGUUACGCCUUUGUACAGUAUUUGAAUGAGAGGAACGCCCGGGCAGCUGUGGCGGGAGAGAAUGCCCGUAUCAUCGCUGGACAGCCUCUUGACAUAAACAUGGCGGGUGAGCCCAAGCCGUACAGGCCCAAAGCCGGCUCCAAACGGCCGCUCUCAGCUGUUUAUAGCGGCUAUGAAUUUGACUAUGAGUACUACAGGGAUGAUUUCUACAGCAGGCUUUUUGACUACCACGGCAGAGUGGCCCCCCCACCAAGAGCCGUGAUCCCCCUCAAGCGCUCCAGGGUGAUCGCUCCCUCCUCCCGCCGCGGGAAGACCUCCUUCCCCAUCAAGACGUCCUCCUCUUCCUCCUCUUCAUCCUCCAGACCUCCCACAUCCUCCUCCGGGCUCAAACCAGUGAAGACAGACCAGCUUCAGACUAUCAAACGGGAGCUCACCCAGAUCAAGAUGAAGAUCGACUCUUUGCUGGGACGCCUGGAGAAGAUCGAGAAGCAGCAGAGAGCCGAGUCCGAGGCUCAAAGAAAGUACGAUGACAACUGCGACUCCCUCCAUGAGGAGUCCGUGUCAGAGACGGCAGAAAACUCUGGGGAGGAGGCCGGUGAGGGGGCGCUGGACGUGGAGGCGGGCGAGAUGACCGAUGGAGGCGAGGACGACUACGACGAGGAGGGCAGCCACCAUCUGAUAGAGAACCAUGUAUCGGAUAUUGACAACUGAGACCCGGAUGAGGCGGCAGACACCCCCCAGCCAGUGGUAUUAGAAUUCAUCAUCAUCUUCAAGAGACGGAAAAAGGAUCUCUGAGGGAUCAAGACUCUCAUUCUGGACUGUAAGUUGUGUUCAAGAGAUUCCGAAAUCACAUUUAGAUGCCCAACUGUGCAGCACAAGCCGAACGUGAUGUGCUCUCUAAAGAAAAUGUAUUCAAGACCCAUUUUAAUGCAUUGGCCUGAGUUCACCUCAUGGAUAUUCUGUGCAACCUAUAUUUCAUUGCAAGAGGCUGACAGUAUCAUGUGCUAAUCCUGUUCCUGAAAAAAUACAAACAAGGAGGAAAGGAAGUAAAGGCUUUCUUUCAGAUUUAUAUAUUGAAUUACGUGGAGCAAAGGGAACAUGACGUCGUUGAUCAACCGUUGCUGCUUUUAUGAAAUGUGUUUGCAAUGUUAUUUCACAAACUGUUUUUCCAAUGAAUCUCUGUUGUUGCUCAAAAAUGAAAUGAAUAAAGUUACAGUCAGAACAAUGUGCGACCACAGUAUGAUAAUCACAAAAUGAAUGAAACAUCGGUGCCGUCUGGUUUUGGAUUUGACUCAUGCAUAAGCCAAUAGCUGCGAGCAUAACUUUAUCCAGCUUUAUCCAUUUAUCACACAAAUGCCCUGUGGGGCUGUUCCAUCGUAUAUUCCAACUCCUGCCAAGUUUCAGAAGCAGAAAGGGCUUCCUGUGGUAGAGAGCUAACACUGGCACAGGCCUCCUGCCAGGGAGCAGUGUCCCAACGUCUCAAUGCACUCCUCCCUGCUCAGCCUGUGCAUCCCAACAUGGACUGCUGCUGUUUAGGAGCCAACGCCCUUUCUCCUUCUCCUCUAUCUCUCCCUCUGCAUUCUGCAUUGAUUCCAUCUUAUGUAGGCAAGAGAGCAAGGUGAAGAUUUGUAAAUUAUAUAUACAGAUGCCUUGAUUUUAUCUAAGUAUGUGAUCUGUAAUCAGAUCGCAGUGGCAACAAUGGCCUUAAAACAACUUAAGCUAGAAUCACACUCGGAGAGCGCAGACCCGUGCCAAGGCCAAGUGCCCCGUCUUACAGUGUUAACGAAAGUGAAAAUUUAUUUGUGCAUCCGCCCACUCCAAGAUUUAAUUGGUUCUUCCUUGGCACAUGCUUCAUCCCUCCAUCACAGAACAUGGAAACCGGGUCUGUGAUCCUGCUUACAGAGGGACAAGCCAACAAACAAACAGAAAACAAAACCUCUGGCGGAGGUCAUAAUAAGUUAUUGAGACAAUACAGAGCUACAUCCCAUUACUCUUUUAAUAAAAUGCCGACAAAAGGCAAUAUUAAUAAUGAUGAAACUGAAUUUGCCAGCACUGGAUGAUUUGUCCCCUUAUUUGCUGCAGUUUACCAGCAUGAUAGUGCUCAAGAUUACUACCAAUUCAGAUUUGUAACACUGAGCGUGUUUACAUGGACACAAUUGACCCAUCUAUGAUGAUCAUAUUCAGGAUGCGGUGUUCACAUGAGCACAGACUAAUCGAGUUAUUCAUAUUCCCCAUAUACAUGAAAAAUAAUGUGGUUACUGAUUAGUGCAGUGUGUUUGCGCAGAAGCCUGUGAUGUCUACAAAAACAAACCGACAACAGGAGAUGGGAGGGACAUAAAUAUUAAACAUUUCACUCUACAUUUACUACAACUUCCUGGUAAUUUGUAUGGCAGUGGAUGAAGACAUGCAAACUCUUUCAUUACCAAAAGACAAGACUGUUUAUUUCUGCUACAGAGGUGAGACGCUGUCGCUGCCGUCAUUUGUUAUGUUUCUACUAUGUGAUUUUGGUUGAAGCCUGUGGAGGUAGUUGGGGAUGUUCAGUAACUGGGAUGGGUCGUAUACAUGCAACAGUAUUACAGUUUCUUUUGGAGUACACCAAGUAGCAUAUUUGGGUCUCUCAUAUUUUCUAUUCUGUUCUAUUUGACUUUAAACGGGAUACUCCGGAAACCCGGCCAUAACCUGGGUAUUUAUGUCCAUGUAAACAUACUCAUUGCUGCCAUGUAGAGCUGCUAACAUGUAAUAUUUUCAAAUUCACAGCUUGAGCCUCAGCUGAGUGAUUUUAAAUAACCUUAUUAUAAAUUAAUUGCUGCUAAGUGAAUUAUGACAUCAGUGACUGGAAGUCAGCAUGUACCACUGUUGAUUAGUCACAUCAUGUUUACCCCCUUUUUUAUUUAUUUGCUCUCAACAAUCAGACAUUUGUUGUUUCAAGCUUUUCCUUUGAAGCCAUUCUCAGAAGGAGGUAGGUGUUGGGAACUACAGCUAAUGUGCACCAGGUGUGCCAGCUGAUUGGUCAGGAGCAUCAGUUAGGCUGAUGAUGUGUGUCAGCUGGCGCAUCUGGUGUAUAAAUGCCGUAAACAGGGUUGUAAGCAUGAACUGCAGGAGCUAGAAAAGCUAGUGGGCUAAGGACAUUCAUCAAGGCUGUAAAUUACACAGCUUCUUAUCGAACACUUUGCUGUCAUUAACCUCUAUCAUUGUCCUCACUGCAGCCAAGUAACAUCUCUCUCCUCUGUGCUGCUUGUAGAACGUCACUGUACUGUUGUUGAACUCGUCCUCUUUUGCUUCAGUUCAUGCUCAGAAGCAUGAACACCCGGUGUGACCACACCUUAACGCCUCCAGAGGGUCUUAUUUAAGUAUGACAGCAGACAGGCCUCUUGUUAUUGGAAUAAACUUUAUACUUACUGAAUAUCAGUAGCAAUCCUGAAUUGAUGUAAAAGUUGAAUCAUGUGAUUCAGUGCUGUUAUUAGUUUAAUGAGUUGUUUCGCCCAAAUUAUUUGUUUUUAAAUAGGCUGUUGGUGUCUAGUGGAGCAGAAAGUUGUGGUUUUAUUUGCACAGGUUUUGAGAUGUGCCCUUGAGACUUGUAGCCACCCCAGUGCAAUCAAGGUAAAGUACAUUUCCUUUGUGGUGCUUGAAACAUUAAAAAUGCAUUUGAAAAAUUCAACAGCAAUGUUUCUCUUCAGACACGAUGUCCUUAUUACUCUGGGAAAUCCACACAUGCUUCUGUAGACAUUUUAGUUUACCUUGGGUAGCAGCCCAGUCACCAGGAUAAAAUAUUGGCGUACAUUUCUGCAAACCAAGUUACAUUCUGUGUGCAGUUUGCAUG